AUGGUAAACCCAGGACCAGCCCCAGAAAUCCAAAAGUACCUUAAGCGCUCUGGUGCAGACUUAGAGUCCACCUCAGACGCCGUCGACGCCGUCAAUGAAAUCAAAGGCAAGGUUGCUACCGGUGAAGAAAUUGCCUUCGACGCUGUCACAAACUUCGACAAUGAGAAGGAUAAGACUCAAUUCAGAAAGUACGAGGAGGCUUGCGAUAGAGUCAAGAACUUCUACCGCGAACAGCACGAGAAGCAGACUGUCGAGUACAAUGUCAAAGCCCGUCUCAACUUUAAGCAGCAGACCAGAGCUAAAAUGGGCAUUUGGGAAGCAAUAGAGAUGCUUAACACACUCGUAGAUGAAUCAGACCCUGACACUUCAGUCUCACAAAUCGAUCACCUUCUCCAAUCCGCUGAGGCGAUUAGAAGAGAUGGUAAGCCUGAAUGGAUGCAAAUCGCUGGAUUGGUACACGAUCUCGGUAAAUUGCUGUACUUUUUCGGUGCUGAUGGUCAAUGGGACGUCGUUGGUGAUACAUUCGUCGUCGGUUGUGGAUUCCCGCAAGGAAUUGUCUACCCAGACACCUUCAAGAACAACCCAGACAGCCACAACCCAGAGUACAACACUGAGCACGGUAUUUACACCCCUCACUGCGGUCUUGAAAACCUCAUGAUUUCAUGGGGCCACGACGAAUACCUCUACUUAAUUUUCAAGCAACAAUCCAAGCUCCCACAGAGCGCACUUAACAUGAUCAGAUACCACUCCUUCUACCCAUGGCACAGAGAAGGCGAAUACCGUCAAUUUAUGGUCGAAGAAGACUACCAAGCACUCAAGGAUGUACUGGCUUUCAACCCAUACGAUCUAUACUCCAAGUCAGACGAUCUUCCAAAGGUCGAAGAGUUGAAGCCUUACUACAUGGGUCUCAUCAACAAGUACUUCCCAGAGGAGAUCGAAUGGUAG